AUGGAUUUCGAAUACCGUAUAGUUGUGGAGUUAGCAGAUCAGGAACAACAGCAGUGGGCUUAUAAAUUAUUUACAGAGAAUUCUCUUUUCCAAGACAACAACCAAGUUAAUACGAACGACACUGACUUUUCUAGUGAUUGGCGUAUUGGUGAUUUGAGUAUAGGGGCUCUAUUGAGGAUGGAUUUCGGUUCUGAAUCUCAUGAGAAGGAUUUAGUUACUUCUAAGUACUUAGGCCAUGGUAUUAUACGGCUCUUCAAGAUUAAUGACCCUAAGAAUGAUCAAUACACCGAGAAGGAUCUUUUGAUGGUACCUGGUGAUGAUACCAUGGUUUGCAUACUAUUUGUUCCUACGUACUUUACAGUUCAUGAACUGUUACAUUUCUACAUUGGUGAUGACAUUGUUAAUAAUCAAGUGUCCAAUUUUCGAAUAUUGAGAAAUCAGAAGAAGGAUUUAGGUUUUAAUUUUAUGGUUUUAAUGAAAUUUCGUAACUCUAUGGAUGCUAAAAGAUCUAAGGAUAUUUUUAAUGGUAAAAGGUUUAGUCAAAUGGAUCCAGAGACUUGUCAUGUAAUUUCAAUAAGAGAAGUCGUUUUCAAAAGGGCAUUAUUCGAUAAGAAAGAGGGUCAAAAAUUGCCCUAUCUGUUAACAGAUCCAUUUACUACAUCUCCCCAACCAUUACAAAGUCAAGUAGAAUUACCCACAUGUCCAGUUUGCCUUGAAAGAAUGGAUUCGGAUACGACGGGACUCAUUACAAUUCCAUGCCAACAUACAUUUCAUUGUCAGUGUCUUGACAAGUGGAAAAAUUCCAAGUGCCCCGUAUGUCGAUAUUCCAGUUUAAGACUAAGUCGAGACUCACUAUUAAGAGAUGCUGGUGGAUCCGCUAGUUGUAGUACUUGUGGGUCUCGUGAAAAUUUGUGGAUAUGUUUAAUCUGCGGUAAUGUUGGUUGUGGGCGUUAUGCUUCCAAGCAUGCCAUUGAACACUAUGAAGCCUCAUCACACUGCUUCUCCAUGGAUAUGAGAACUCAGAGAGUUUGGGAUUAUGCCGGCGAUAACUAUGUGCAUCGAUUAGUACAGAACGAAGUGGACGGUAAACUAGUGGAAAUUGGCGCCGAGGGCACUAGCAUACAAGGUGAUACUGCAGGUGGCGGCUCUAACAAAGACAGCGAAUCAACGGCAACUUUCAUGAGAAAUAAAGAAUACCAUUUAGAAUACGUGCAGGUUUUAAUUUCACAAUUAGAAUCACAAAGAGAGUACUAUGAAUUGAAAAUGGAACAGGAAGUACAAUCGAGAAAUAACGAUUCACAAAUUGAUGAACUGAGAAAAGAUUUGGAACAGCUGAAAGUCAAUUUCAAGCGUCAGCAAUCUGACUGGGAAGCGGAACGUAUCAAACAGCGUAAACAACUGGAGGAGGACCAACUAGUGUUAAAGGGACUUCAAGAAAACCUUGAUCAUGCGACGGAGAAAGAGAAUCGUCUAAUUAAAGAAAAACAAGAACUGCAGAUGCAGAAACAGGACCUACAGGAGCAAGUUCAGGAUUUAAUGUUCUACUUAGGGUCGCAGGAAAGGUUUAAAGAUGCUGAUGAGAGUGAAAGAGAAGGCACACUUGUGAUAAAAGAACCGGAGAAAAAGCAGUCAAACACAAAGAGCAGUAACAAGAAUAAGAAGAACAAGAGCAAGAUGAAGAGAAAGACUUAG